AUGCUGGUAUCCAACAAUACAUAUGUAGCUCCCCAAUAUUUUAUUCUUAAUGGAAUUCCUGGUCUAGAGAGAGUACAUGUGUGGAUCUCCCUCCCACUCUGCACAAUGUAUAUCAUCUCCCUCGUGGGAAACCUUGGCCUUGUGUAUCUCAUUUAUUAUGAAGAGUCUUUGCAUCGUCCAAUGUAUUUCUUUUUGGCCAUGCUCUCCCUCAUUGACCUCCUUACCUGCACCACCACUCUACCCAAGGCACUCUGCAUCUUCUGGUUCAAUCUCAAGGAAGUUAACUUCCAAGCUUGCUUAGUACAGAUGUUCUUUGUCCAUGGGUUCACAGGUGUGGAGUCUGGCGUGCUCAUGCUCAUGGCUCUGGAUCGCUAUGUGGCCAUUUGCUACCCACUGCGUUAUGCUGCCAUACUGACUAACCCUAUCAUUGUCAAGGCUGGACUUGCCACCUUCUUGAGGGGUGUGUUGUUGAUGAUGCCUUUGCCAUUCUUGGUCAAACGUCUGCCCUUCUGCCGAAGCAAUAUCAUCUCGCAUACUUAUUGUGACCACAUGUCUGUGGUAAAGUUAUCCUGUGCUAGCAUCAAAGUCAAUAUCAUCUAUGGUCUGAUGGUUGCCCUCCUGAUUGGGGUGUUUGACAUUUGCUGUAUAUCUCUGUCUUACACUAUGAUCCUCCGGGCAGUUGUCAGUCUCUCAUCAUCAGAUGCUCGACAGAAAGCCUUUAGCACGUGCACUGCUCAUAUAUCUGCCAUCAUCAUCACCUAUGUUCCAGCAUUAUUUACUUUGUUUACUCACCGUUUUGGGGGGCACACCAUUCCCCCUUCUAUUCAUAUCAUUGUUGCUAAUCUUUAUCUUCUGCUUCCCCCAACAUUGAACCCUAUUGUUUAUGGGGUAAAGACAAAGCAAAUCCGAGACAGUGUCAUAAAGUUCUUGCAGGAGGGCAGGAAAGGAUCAAGUAAUCAAUUCAAACUAGAAAGUAACCUGUGUGUGCAUGCUUUUCUCAUUGUAGGGUCCUCUGGAAAUGGGUCUUAA